GCCCGGACAGAGCGGACGGUCCGCCUUGUCACGCCAAAAGCAGGAAGUGAGGUACCGUGUGUUUGCUUCUUCAGAGUAAACUCUUUCAGUCAAACUACAUCAAAGCUGGUGGACGCAAGUUGUGCUGAAACACGACAAUGGACUCUGACAUUUUGAACAUUGAGGAUAUUGUGAUGGGACGAGCAUUGCCAGAUCCGCCUGCCGCAGAGCCUCCUCCAAAACCUGUAGAAACAAUCAAACCAAAACCUGCCACAAAUGGACCUCCUGCACCAACUGUCACAUCAUAUCAGCAUGAAAAUCUGCAGUGUUUUCAGUGCUUCAUCACUUUCUGCAGUGCCAAAGCUAAGGAAAGACACAUGAAAAAGAGUCACAGGGAAGAGUACAAACAAGUCCUGCAGCAGGGAAACACUCUUUUCACAUGCUAUGUCUGUGAUCGUACAUUUUCAUCAUCUGAGGAGCUCACACAACACCAGCCAACUCACAGCAAAGAUGAUAAGCCCUUCAAAUGUGCCCACUGUAAAGAAAGCUUCAAAACCUUUUCAGAGUUAACAGUUCAUAGAAGACAGCAGUGCCCAGAGAGACAGUUCCCCUGUAAAGAUUGCAGUGAAACCUUCAGGAGUGCAGCUAUGCUCCGCACUCAUCGACUAGCCCAGCACCCGCGCCAAGAAGAGACCACUGAAUUACAGCCUGAUGAUACUAACAAGGCCCCAACAUGCAAGAAAUGUGGACAAAGCUUUGAAUCAGAGACUGAAUUUCUCUCCCACACUGAGGGCCCCGAUGGGCAGUGUAAUGGUACAGCACCAGCUAAAAAACGCCAGGCCACCAAGCGAAAGAAGAAAGAUGAAGGCGAAGAAACUGAGGACACAGAAAAAGCCCAGAGCACAUCAGAGUCGACCAGCACUGUGGAGGAAAAGGGCAAACCAGUCGGAGCAAAGCGAGGCCGUCCUGCUAAAGCUACUGCCAAGACAGACGAAGAAGAAAAACCUGCAGAUGAAGACCAAGCAAAGGAGAAGAAGUCCAAAGCUGAGGCUGCGCCACCUCGUCAAAUGCCCUGUCCCGAUUGUGACCUGACCUUCCUGAGUUUGGUUCAGCUGCGUGCCCACAAAAAGGAGAAGCAUACCCAAAAGAAAGCUCAUCCCUGUGAAGAAUGUGAAGAGAGUUUUGCCCGUCAAGAGCAGCUGGAUGCCCACAUGUCCAGGGUACAUGCUGUCGGCCGAUUUGCCUGUUCAAUGUGUGGCAAGAGCUUUGGCCGAGAGCGUACAUUGAAAGCUCAUGAAAAAACCCACACGGAGGAGGAAAACCAAGCAUCAAAAAGAUAAUUGGAACGGUUUGUCUGGCUCUGAAGAUUUUAGUCCGUAUUGGUCUCUUCUUUUAAAGUUGUAGUAUUGAUCAUCCACCACAUGAAUUGAUGUGAGCAGACUGAUCUUUUAACUUGUUUUGAGGUGUUGACCAUGAGCUGAUAUAGGAUAUACAUUAGAUUUGACUAACAAAAUGUUGAAAAAAAUGUUUUCCUAAUUGUUAACAUUUUUUGAAUAACUUUUUUUUUUUUUUUUUUUUUUUUUUUUUUUUUUUUUAAAUAAUUUCCUUUUAAUUUUAAAUUGUGUGUGCUGUGUAUUUUAACUCGGCUUGACCUUUCUUUUGUUUGCUUAAAAAAAGAAAUAUGAAACUGUACAAAAAAAAUUGUGAAACCGUUUAAGCAUCUUUAUAAUGAAGUGUUUUUGUACAACUUAUAGUUUAUAUUGUACAUUUUACCAUUGAUAUUUUGAUUAUCUUCUCUAAAUUAUGACACAAAAUAUAGAUUUUUUUUUAAACAAAAAAACACAAUGAUUAUGUUGAUUAUGUUUUAAAAGUUUCAGCUAAUCGCUCCAGAAGCAAUGUGGAGUGUUUGGCCUGUCAGCAGAAUAGUUCCACUGUAAUGUUUUUCUUUUUCGUUUUGUUUUGUUUUGUUUUAUUUUAUUUCUAAGCAUUUUGCUUUGUAGUUUUCCAUUUUUCUGGAUAUUUAAUGCUUUAUAGUCUCAUACCAACUGUGUAUAUAAGGUGAUAUUGUUUUGACACCUGUCAGCACAGCUACAAUGUAAUAAAACGUACUCUUGCAAGUG